AAUCUUAUAAUGUUUAGAAGAGCUCGUAAAUCCGAACACUAACGCGUUUAAACUAGAACAACAGCGUUUUCAAUCUCAGAAAGGCGGAACUGACGUGCGUGGCGUUUGUUUCCGCCGGAACCAGAAACAGCUGGAACUCUACAAAAUAUAAACAAUGCAGGGGUUUUACUGUAAAUGAAGCAGAUAUGAGGUCUGUCAACAGGCUGUUUAGCAGUAAAUGGAGGAGGUUGUCCUCAUACACACAAGGACAGAGUCCAGAAGCGAGAAUCAGAGAGUAUUUCUACUAUAUCGAUCAUCAAGGACAGCUCUUCCUGGAUGACACCAAGGUGAAGAACUUUGUCACCUGUUUCAAAGACCAGCGCUUCUUAGUUUUCUUCUUCAAUCGUCUGAAAUUGAACGAGAGUGGCCGUUACCAACAGGACUUCCCCUUCCUCUCGCUCUGCGGACGCGAGCGCAACUUCGUGCGCUGUGAUGAUCAGCCCAUCGUUUUCACGCACCUGUUAUCGGAGGCGGGGCUUGAGGACCGUCUGUCAUACUGUGGAGGCGGAGCUAAACUCACCGUUCCGUUCCAACCGGAGUCUCUUUUCAUGCAACCGGUGAGCGGCAGACUGUACCAUCCCGGACCUGAGCGGGGGGGAGGGGUGGGGUUGGUACGGUCCGCGUUGGCCAUUGAUCUGAGUGCACACUUCGAGUUCGCCACGGGUCAGGACAGUCCAGGACAACCCACUCAUUUCAUGUGGGCGGGGCGUCGUCACACACUAACGAAAGAGUUGGCGACACAUUUUCAUGCUCAAAAAGAUUCAACAUGAUUCUGUCUAUCUAGCAUUGUGACCAUUAAAAUCCCGCUGUGAGUUUUGAACACACUGCUGAAAUAAAUGUAUAUUGUGU